CCAAUGUUCAGGAAGUUUGUGGUGGCUAUCAGAGCUGAGGGGUAAACCUCUGCAGGUACAGGUCCGCAUGGAUGCAACCCAGCAGAUAGAUGACUCCUUCUGUGAAGAUGACACGGGUGAAGAAAAGGAACCGGGACGAGAAGAGAAGGAAAGAGAACCGCUGGCUGCGUUAAAAGUGUUCAAAAAUAAUUACAUCCCAGAAACAGAGGUGCCCCUCUACCGAGGAGAGAACGUUUUGGGCCGUGACCCUGCCUCAUGCUCCUUUCCGCUACAGGCCCGUUCCAUAUCCAGCCGUCAUGCUGUCAUCUCCAUCUCCUUCUUCCGUGAUGACAGCCGUCACCUCAGUGGUGGGGACACCAUGGAAGCACUGCUGUGGGACCUGGGCAGUUUGAACGGCACCAGGAAAGGCCGGUUUAAACUGACCCCUCAUGUGCGUUACGCUCUGACCGAGGGUGACAGCGUGGUGCUCGCUGACCUGCCCUGCCAAUACAUCAGCCUUAAACAUGCAGACAGAAACACACACGUGGCCACGGAGAAAGAGAAGGAGAAGGAGAAGGAGAAAGGGAAGGAUCCGUCACCCGCCAAGAGUGGCUCAGAAGGAGGGAUGGGUAGAGGAGUGGAGAACACGGGGAAGAAGAGCGUGUUACCACCUGUGCCGCUAUGGAAGGAUAAAGAGGCAAAUCUUCAGUCGCCUCAGAAGACCCCCAAAGAGCCAGAGAAGACCCUAGUGCCUGAGUCUGACUCUGACUCGGAGGGAGAGAAAGGUGGACAGAGAGAGAGGAGGAGGUUUUUGGACUCGGCAUCCUCAGACCUGUCAAGCCCCACUUGUUCAACAUUCCUGACGCCAGCAAACAAAGUCAUUCCAGAGAGUGAGGACGAAAGCUCGAUCACCCCGUCUUCGGCUGGGAUGGGCAGAUUUAUAAAGAAAGAGAACCACAGUAAAGCCUCCUCAGACUCCUUCACACCUGCCCUUCUGAACUUCAACAUGGACAGUGACACAGAUGGGGAGGAAGAGGAUGCAGAGGUGAGGAAGACAGAGCCUGAGGUUAAGCCUGCUAACCCACCACAAGCGGACCCAGUUGUUCCAGCCUGUCUCCAUAUGGACAGCGAUACUGACGUAGAGGAUGAGGAUAUGGAGAAAAACAAGAAUCCAGAGAUUUCAGCUGGAGUCGAACAAAAGGACCUGGUUGCUGCAGCUGGUCGCACCACAGACAGCGAUACUGAUGUAGAGGAUGAGGGGACGGAGAAAACCAAGAGUCCAGAGACUGCAGCUGGAGUCGCACAAAAGGACGUGGUUACGCCAGCUGGUCACGCCAUGGACAACGGUACAGAUGUCGAAGGGAAUGAGCCUCAUAGAACUGAAACCAGUCUGCCUUCUGGAGACGAAGAACAAAAGACAUCCACAGAAUUCCACAUGGAUAGUGACACAGACGUUGAAGAUGAGAAUGUUCCCAUUAUGACAAAGCCGGUGUUGCCAGUGUCCAUACCCUCAGCCAAUCCUGUAGCAGAAUUACAUAUAGACAGCGACACUGACUCAGAAGAAGAGGAGAAGCCAACAGAAGCAAUUAAGCUAAUCUCAGACAGUGAUACCGAUGAUGACGAUCCUUUCAAACCUACGAAGGGUAAAACCAUAAAGAAUGUGAAGGCUCUACAGGCCAAAACGGUGCAGACUGACUCCAACAGUGACACAGAUGUGGAGGAUGACUUCACCGCAGCCAACUCUAAGGCACGUAAAGACUUUGGGAUUGCCCCAGAUGCUCACUGUGAAAGUCCAGCUCAGGUCCAGCCUCCUGCUGAAAAAUUGCAGGGUGAAUUCUGGAUGGACAGUGAUACGGAUGUGGAGGAAGAAGAGGAGAAGCUUGAGAGAGAGUGGAAGGGUUCAGGAACAGCAGCAGAGGCUAUCCAGUCUUCUACACCAAGAGGAGCAGGUUUGUCUGAAGAGGAGAUGGAAACCCAAGUAUUUGUCAGUCCGUCUCAGCCAUUUAAACGGCCAGCUCUCCCCUCUCUCCUACGAUCCUUUGUGUCCCCUGGAGGCCGCAGUCAGGACAGCGAUGACUUAACUGUGGCUGAGACUCAGUCCUUCGUGUCUGAUGCUCUUGCUGCAGACGCCACUCUGGAUAAGACACAGCAGUCACUGAGGGGCUGUGGUGCUUCACCCUUCCAGCUGGGCCUCUCUGACAGCAGCCACCGACAGCUAGAUCCUGAAGAACAUGCUGGGGCUUUGGACCCCUCAGAGGACGACUGGACCCUGCAGCCUACCCAACCAUAUGCUGUGAAGAACGUACGAGGCACUACUGAAGCCAGGUCGAGGCAGUUGGAUCUAGAGGCUACACAAGACUAUGCUGUCCACAUGGAUAAUGAGGAUGAGCCUACCCAGCCACUGAAAAAAGGAAAUGAUGACAGUGACACUAAUGGGGUGCCUGACACUGGUGAAAAAAGAGGAAGGGUUGUAGACGAUGAUGGGGAGGUGCUGGAUUCGCAUCCCUCCACUGCUGACACUCUGAUCCUGGCCAGGAGCCCAAAGCUAGAGGAGCAGACCCAAGCUUAUGGUCUCUUUACUGCCCAAAUCUUGCCAUUUGAUGAGGAGGAGGAGGAAGAAGAGUUUGACAGCGGACCUGGGCCUAGUGCAAGGCUCAGCAAACGAAGACAGAUAGAGGAAGAGCAAACACAGCCUAUAGAGCCUGGUGCUAACAUCCAUGUUGCCAUUGCUGAAACACUGGCUAUGUUUGAGGAAGAGGAGGCAGAGGAAGAAGAGCACAGCACUGAAAGCAUGUCCAGCAGGAGAUCCCAUAGGGGAGGAAAAGCCGAGGAAACACAGCCUCUUGAGCCUGAUGGUAGUACCCAUGUUGCUAUUGUGGAAACACAGCCAAUGUGUGAGGAUGAGGAAGAACAGAGUGAAAUCACUUCUAGUAGAUCCUGUAGGGGGAGAAAGGUUGCUAAAGUUGAGGAAACCCAGCCUCUUGACCCUGAUGGUAGCACCCAUGUUGCUAUUGCUGUAACACAGCCGGUGGGUGAAGAUAAGGAAGAAGGACAGAGUGAAACUAUGUUGGACAGUAAACCCCGCAGAGGGAAAAAGGUUGCUAAAGCUGAGCCAACACAGCCUCUUGAGCUGGAUGCUAAUACUGAUAUUGCUAUUGCUGAAACACAGCCUCUGGGGGGUGAAGAGGAGGAACCUGAGGAAGAACAGAGUGAAAUCACUUCAAGCAGAAGAUCCUGUAGGGGGAGAAAGGCUGCCAAAAUUGAGGAAACCCAGCCUCUUGAGCCUGAUGCUAGUACCCAUGUUGCUAUUGUGGAAACACAGCCAAUGUGUGAGGAUGAGGAGGAACAUGAGGAAGAACAGAGUGAAAUCACUUCUAGUAGAUCUCGUAGGGGGAGAAAGGUUGCUAAAGUUGAGGAAACCCAGCCUCUUGAGCCCAAUGCUGGUACCAGUGUUGCUAUUGCUGUAACACUGCCGGUGGGUGAGGAAAAGGAAGAAGGACAGAGUGAAACUACGUUGGACAGUAAACCCCGCAGAGGGAAAAAGGUUCCUAAAGCUGAGCCAACACAGCCUCUUGAGCUGGAUGCUAAUACUGAUAUUGCUAUUGCUGAAACACAGCCUCUGGGGGGUGAAGAGGAGGAACCUGAGGAAGAACAGAGUAAAAUCACUUCAAGCAGAAGAUCCUGUAGGGGGAGAAAGGCUGCCAAAAUUGAGGAAACCCAGCCUCUUGACCCUGAUGCUAGCACCCAUGUUGCUAUUGCUGUAACACAGCCCGUGGGUGAAGAUAAGGAAGAAGGACGGAGUGAAACUACGUUGGACAGUAAACCCCGCAGAGGGACAAAGGUUGCUAAAGCUGAGCCAACACAGCCUCUUGAGCUGGAUGCUAACACUGAUGUUGUGAUUGCUGAAACACAGUCAGCUGCUGACGAUCAGGAGGAAGGUGAAGACGAUCAACAAAGUGAAAUCACAUCUAAUAGGAGAUCCCGUAGGGGGAGAAAGGUUGCUAAAGUUGAGGAAACCCGGCCUCUUGAGCCUGAUGCUAGCACCCAUGUUGCUAAAGCUGAAGCACUGGGUGAGGAUGAGGGGGCACAGGAAGACGACCAACAGGGUGGACCCAGGAGACCCCGCAGGGGGAGAAAAACUGCUAAAGCUGAGCCAACUCGGCCUCCCAAGUCUGAUGCCAGCACCCGAACUACUACUACUGAAAUUACUAUGGAUGAAGAAGGGGGGGUGCAGGAGGAAGAGCAACAAGCUAGCAAGAGAAGCCUCAGAGGAAAAGGGACAGGAGUGUCUGGUAAGGGCAGAGGAAGAGCAACCGCAGAGAAAGAGGGAAAGAGGAAGAGGGGAAGAGCCGUGUUAGAGGAAGAGGAGGACAGCGAAGAGGAGACAGAUGGAUGUAGGAAGGGAGGAAGAAAAAGCACAAGACAGAGGUCUAAAGAGCAGGAAGAGAGGGACAAGCUGGAGGAGGAGAAGAACGAAAGGGAGACCCAAGAGGAAAGGAGAGAGGAGCAAGAGCAGAAAGUGCAAGAAGAGAGGAAAGGUUUAGAGAGGGAGAGAGUGGAGCGUGAAGAAAGAGAGCUGGCUGAAAGGUUGGAACAAGAGAGGAGGGAAAAUGAAGAAAGAGAGCAGUUGAAAAAGGAAGAGGAGGAGAGGGAGAGGAAAGAAAAUGAGAGAAGGGAGAGGGAAAGGAGGGAAGAAGAGGCAAGAGAGAAGCUUGAAAAGGAGAGGAAGGAAAGAGAAGAGAGGGAAAGAAUAGAAAAGGAAGAGAAAGACAGAUUAGAGAGAGAGAAGAAGGAAAGGGAACAGAAGGAAAGAUUAGAAAAGGAGAAGGAGAGAUUGGAAAAGGAGAAGAGGGAAAGAGAAGAACUUGAACAAAGACUUGACAAAGAAAGGAGUGAACAGGAAGAAAAAGACACAGACAGGGUACGAAGGAAGCGAGAAGAGAAGGAACAAACUGAAAAAGAAGUGCGAGAAAAGGAAGAGAGAGAACAAGUGGAAAAAGAGAAGAAAAAGAAAGAAAGUGAGUACAAAGAUAGAGCGGAAAAGGAAAGAGGACGACUACAGGGAAAGCGUCGAGCGGGGCUGGUGAGGAAAGAAAAAGGAAAAGAGGAUGAAGAAGUCGAGGACACAGAUGGACAGAGUGAGAAUUCCAAAAGAAGGAUGCUGGAAAUGGAAACGGUAGAGACAGAAAAACAAGAGGAUGAAGACGGGAAGGGUAAAAAGAAAGUGCAAGUAAAAGCAGAAAUUGGAGCGAAACUGGGUAGAGGUAGACGACCUACCAGGAAAUCUGCUGCACCCCUUGCUGCCGCAGAGGAAUCCAUGUCGGUAGAUGUCCCAGCCAGAAGGACACGCUCACGUUCAAAUUCCUCCAACUCUGUCAGUUCAGAGCAGUCCACAUCCACUAUGGAUGGCCAGACCAGAGGCCAAGGCCGAGGAAGGCGCAGAGGCAGAGAACCAGCUGAAGAAGUGGUUGAUAACAGGAGGCCGCCAGGUCGAAGGAAGACCACCACGGCAGCAUCUACUGAGACGGAGCGGGAUUCCGGUGCUCAUGUUCACUCUCGCUCCAACUCCGGAAGCUCAGAGAGAUCCAGCAGCAGUGCUGGAAUCAAGAAAACAGAUAAGGGGGAAAAAGGGGGGAAGAGUGGAAAAAUGGAAAAACAAGAAGAAGGUCAACAAGGUUCAGCGGCUGCUGGACGUGGGAGGGGAAGAGGCGGUAAAAGAGUGGAGGCAGGUGAUGUUAAAGUGGCGACCACUGAAGAGGCCCACCUGAAGAAGGAGAAAUCAGAGGCAGUGUCUGUCAAUGAGGACAGUGUUAUAAGCCAAACCCCCAGCAGAGGGCGCAAGAGAGGUGCUGAUACCACUGUGCUGGUAGCAGAAACGCCCCAGACUCCUAAAACCCCUCGUCGGUCGGUAGCCGGUCCAACCCACAAGGUCUUGUUUACAGGAGUGGUGGACGAGGAUGGGGAGAAGGUGCUGCUGCGUUUGGGUGGUGGGCUGGCGAAGGGCGUGCGUGAUAUGAGUCACCUAGUGACGGAUAAAGUGCGCCGCACCGUCAAGUUCCUGUGUGCUGUGGCCAGAGGAGUGCCCAUCGUCACCCCGGACUGGCUGACCAAGUGUGGUAAAGCAGGGACCUUCCUCUCUCCUAAUGAGUUCUUAGUGAAAGAUGCGGAGCAGGAGAAGAAAUUUAACUUUAAGCUGCAGGACUCUUUGAGAGCGGCCAGCCAUCAACCCCUAUUACAGGGUUAUGAGAUCCAUGUGACGCCCUCUGUGAAGCCUGAGCCAGUUCAGAUGAAGGACAUCAUCGCCUGCUGUGGUGCACGCUACCUUCCCAAGAUGCCCACUGCUCAAAAGGCUCAGGUGGUGGUGGUGUCCUGUGAAGAGGACAGAGCUCUGUGUAAUAAGGCCCUGAGUUUGGGUGUCCCUGUGGUCAGUGCCGAGUUUCUGCUGACCGGUAUACUGCAGCAGAAGGUGGACCUGAAGACGCAUGCGCUCUCGACUUCUCCCUCUGCUGCUUCCAGACCUGCCACCCAGGGCCGCAGGAAGUAGCCUGGUGGCAGACACUUUUGGGCGCAGGAUCUAAUGCAAUUUUUCCUAAUCACGCUAAGCUGCUAUUAACUGUGAAGAGAGAAUUCUCUGGUCAUUUUUUAAGCUACUCCUCAAAUAAACAUGAAAAUAAGAGAGGAA